CGUCCAAGCAACCCAGUUCUUCUCUGUACUCUUUUCUAAUCAAAAACAUUUGAAGCUCAUUCGUAACUGCUCAUGGAAGGGCUCAACGUUUUUAAUUUGAUCGCAACAUUAUCAACUCUGCUGGUAAUUUCAGUGAAUGGGCAAAUUAGCACACCAUGCACAUCCUCGAUGAUAAGUAGCUUCACCCCGUGCAUAAAUUUUAUAACUGGAAGCAGCAACAAUGGCUCAUCACCAACUGGUAGUUGUUGCAGUUCAUUUAAGUCCCUCAUGAGCAAUGGUAUGGACUGUGCUUGUCUAUUAAUAACAGCCAGCGUGCCUAUUCAACUACCGAUUAACCGUACUUUAGCAAUCACUCUCCCCCGAGCAUGUAAAAUGAGUGGGGUGCCAGUGCUGUGUAAAGCAUCUGGGACCCCUCUACCAGCACCAGGUCCCGUCUUACUAGGGCCACCUCUUCCACCCACAGCCGCUUCUCCUUUAAGCCCCCGAGCUUCCAAAGCAGUAGCACUUGCUCCAGCACCAGAAUCUGAAACUACUCUGCCAUUAACACCAGCAUUCCCACCAGAGCCAGUAGAAGCCCCCCCAACAACUGCAGGGAUCCGACCAGUACUAUCCCCCUCAGCAUCCAUGCCAUCCUAUGUUUCGCCACCAUCUUCCUUGCUAAUAUUUCUAGCAAUCAUGGUUUUCAAAUUCUAUUAAGCUACAACCUCUCCUCCCUGUUUGUUUCCGUUUAUGUUGGUGUGCAAACUUAUUGAAUAGAGCUCCAUGUCAUGUUGUCAGAAAAAAUAAAGAAAUACUUCACAUUUUCUCAUUGCUUUAA